AGGAUUCUCUCCUCUCUUUUCUGCACUUUUUAUUCUUAUUUGACUUUUUAUUUGAUUCUAUUUGAUUCUUUGAUGGACGUGGCCGUGGAUCACGUGGCCAUGGAUCACUUCAACUUUCGGCGUAAAGACGCAUGCGCGGCGGACAUCCAGGUGGAAUUUAGCAUCGUCCGCUCUCCGGUGCCGCCGCCACCGGACGACGACGACGAGCUCGGCAAGUUCUUGGACUUGGAGUUCAUCUUGUCCAACACCAUCGGUUCCGAGGCGGCGGCGCCGCUGCCGCCGUCGUGCGCCUACGCGCUGCCGGACUCGCCGGAGAGCUGCGGCGGCGGCGGCGGGAGCUACCGCGGCUACGCGGAGCGCGCUCCGGCGCCGCCGGACGACAAGGCGAGGGUCGCGCGCGAGUACACCGAGCUGCGCGCGCCCAACCAGUACCAGGCCUGCAGCGUCAAAACCGAGUGCGGCGGCGCGCACCCGUGCAUGCUGGCCGGUGCGGAUUGGCGCGCGUACGACAAGCCGCAGGCGGCGUUCAUGCGCAUGGCGGCGCCGCCCGAACAGCACUACAUGAGCGCGCACUACCAGUACGCGCACUACCCGGGACACUACUGCGCGCUCACGCCGCCCUCCUCGCCCGCCCUGGCGGACUUCUACGCGCCGCCGCCGGACGGCGUCAAGCCGAAGCGCGGCGGCGGGCGCAGGCCGUGGGGACGCAAGCGCGCCGCCACGCACAGCUGCGAGUACCCGGGCUGCGGCAAGACGUACACCAAGAGCUCGCACCUCAAGGCGCACAUGCGCACGCACACAGGAGAGAAACCAUACCACUGCACCUGGGAAGGCUGCGGCUGGAAGUUCGCCAGGUCGGACGAGCUGACCCGACACUUCCGCAAGCACACGGGCCACCGGCCCUUCCAGUGUCACCUGUGCGAGAGGGCCUUCUCCCGCUCGGACCACCUGGCCCUGCACAUGAAGAGGCAUCUGUAGACUAUUAUGGGAUGGCGACACCUGGAAACCCCACACGGCCCAAAACAAUGCCAUACCUAUUUGUUUACAUCCAGGAGCGUGCAAGCUUGCUGUUAACGUUCAGCUAUUCUAUCCAUGUCUAGCUAUUCCUCGUCCUCCAGUGAUAAUGCUACUUGUAGGAAACUCACUUCAUUUGAGGCACCUGUAGACUAUUAUGGGAUGUCAACAAGUGGAACCCCACUCGGCCCACAAACAAGUCGAUACCUAUUUGUUUACAUUCAGGAGCGCGAGCUUGCUGUUAACGUUUAGCUGUUCUAUCCAUGUUCAGCUAUUCCCCGUCCUCCAGUGAUAAUGAUACUUGUCGGAAACGUACUGUAUUUGUCGCCACGGAGGCCAGAAUUGGUGAUUUGGAAGUAGCUGAAACACGUUUUUAAAGCACACCUUUCUUAGUUUUUAAACCAAAAUAUGUCCGUUCUCCCCUCUCCUGUCUCCACACUGUUUCGGCUUGCAAGUUCUCUGUGUGUGUGUGUGUGCUAAAUAACCAAAACAAGUGGCCCUCUAGUGGCCACUUGAUAGCGACCAAAGUGGUCUUGCAGUCCAUACCUAUUUGUUUACAUUCAGGAGCGCUAGUUUGCUGUUAACAUUUAGCUAUUCUAUGCAUGUUUAGCUAUUCCCCGUCCUCCAGUGAUAACGAUACUUGUAAGAAACUCACUUUGUCGCCCCGGAGGCCAGGAUUAGUGAUUUAGAAGUAGCUGAAACACGUUAGCUAUGUUUUAAAGCGUUCUCCCCUCUCCUGUCUCCACGCUGUUUCUGCCUGUGUGUGUCCAUCCAUCCAUUUCUACCGCUUGUCCCUUUUUGGGGUUCCAAGUGUGUGUGCUAAAUAACCAAAACAAUGUUUUUCAAAGGCAGCAUAGUUAGGGCCUUCUUGAAUUCACCUGUGCCAGAGGGCCUUCGAGGCACAUGAAAAAAGGGCACCUGUGGACUAUUAUGGGAUGUCAACAAGUGGGACCCCCACUCUGCCGCCCUCUAGUGGCCGCUUGAUCACGACCAAAGUGGCCUUGCAGUCCAUACCUAUUUGUUUACAUUCAGGAGUGCUAGUUUGCUGUUAACGUUUAGCUAUUGUAUCCAUGUUUAGCUAUUCCUCGUCCUCCAGUGAUAAUGCUACUUGUAGGAAACUCACUUUGUCGCCACGGAGGCCAGGAUUAGUGAAUUAAAAGUAGCUGAUAGCAAGCGUUCUCCCCUCUCCUGUCUCCAUGCUGUUUCUGCCCGCAAGUGCUCCGUGUGUGUGUCCAUCCAUCCAUCGAUUUUCUACUGCUUGUCCCUUUUGGGGUUCCGUGUGUGUGUGCUAAAUAACCAAAACAAUGUUUUUCAAAGGCAGCAUGGUUAGUGCCUUCUUGAAUUCACCUUCUACCACCUGGCAUUGGAUAUGAAAAAGGGCAACUGUAGACUAUUAUGGGAUGUCAACAAGUGCAACCCCCACUCUGCCGCCCUCUAGUGGCCGCGGCCCCAAACAACCGUGACCCCUUUGUACAUACCUGUGCAUAUAUGAGCUAAAUUAUGACAGACUAAGUUAUUGACUUUGUGAGUGCCUUAACCAGCUGCUGUGUAGAAUUCUUUGUACAUUUAUUUUGUUUUAAACUUCAAUUUCUCACAGAGUGCCUAUGAAGGUUAGCGUGUUGCAUUCGCAGGGAUAUCUAUUUUUUAUUGUUUUUUUUUUAAAAUAUAUAUUUGAGAAGUAUACACCCCAUGAACUACACGACAAGAUUGUAUUUUUUACGCGUAAAGGCUGAAAAAUAAAAGUA